AUGUCGACUCCGUCUAAACGACCGUCUUCACAAGCAUCGUCAGAUGCUUCAACACCAUCGCGAAGAACACGAUCGUCACAACAACUUGUUGUACCUGAAACUCCACAGCGUUCUACCGGUACCCCUUCUAAAAAUGGCACACCUGGCACUCCACGAGGAACUCCUCAAAUUUCGGGUACACCUAGAAGGUCACCACGCACUCCUGGCGGCCAGGCACCAGGCACAUCACCAGCUCGUACCAUGGCAUCCAGUCCACUGGGCACAGACAUAGAUAUGAGUUCUCCACUUAACUACGGUACACCAAGCUCUCUGAGCACUCCUCGCUCCAACUUGCGAGGAGUUAUGACUCCUGCCCGGCAAAGAGCUGAUCUGAAGAGUGGACAACAUAGUAGAAGUGUGCCAGCUCCUACACCGACUAGGAGGAUUGAUGACACUGGAGCAGAGGUCCCAUCGAGUGAACCGCAACUGGUAGUAUGGGGCACAGACGUAGCCAUUGCCGAGUGCCGAGACAAGUUCAUCAAAUUCAUACAAAGAUUCGUCGAACCCACCGCCAUCACCAACGAGCCACUGUAUGAACAAAAACUGGAAGAAAUCAACACUUUGGAGGAGCCUUUCCUAGAUGUAGACUGUGAACAUAUUAAAGCGUUUGACGCAAAACUGCAUCGGCAACUUGUGUGCUACCCUCAAGAGGUGGUACCAGCGUUCGACGCGGCGGUGAACGAGUUGUUCUUCGAGCGCUACCCGGCCGCAGUACUGGAGCAUCAGAUACAAGUACGACCUUACAACGCGCCGCAGCGACACAUGCGUGACUUGAACCCUGAAGACAUAGACCAGCUGGUGACACUAUCAGGCAUGGUGAUCCGUACGUCGAGCAUAGUCCCAGAGAUGCGCGAGGCAUACUUCCGCUGCGCAGUAUGCGGGGCGGCGGCCACAGCCGAGCUGGAGCGAGGCAGGGUGCCGGAGCCCGCGCACUGCUCGCACUGCAACACGGCGCACUCGUACACGCUCAUACAUAACAGGUCACACUUCAGUGACAAACAGCUUGUCAAGCUGCAGGAGUCGCCUGACGACAUGCCAGCGGGUCGUACCCCCGCGACAGUGAGCGUGCUGGCCCACGGCGCGCUGGUGGAGGCGGUGGCGGCCGGCGAGCGAGUGAGCGUCACGGGCGUGUUCCGCGCCGCGCCCGCCGCGCUGCACCCGCGCAAGGCCACGCUCAAGGCGCUCCAUCGCACUCACGUCGACGCCCUGCACUACCGCAAGGUGCACAGCGAUAGGCUGCUCGAGACUGAGGAGGGCAAAGAGCAUCGGUUUGCACCGGAACGUAUUGAGAUGUUCAAAGCGUUGUCCGCUCAGCCGGAUUGCUACGAGCGAUUGGCGCGGGCCAUCGCUCCCUCCAUCUACGAGAACUUGGACAUUAAGAAGGGAUGCUUACUGCAGUUGUUGGGAGGGACCAAAAAGAACUUCAAUGCUGCUGGACGGACACAUUUCAGAUCUGAGAUAAACAUCCUGCUAUGCGGGGACCCAGGAACAAGUAAGUCUCAGCUCCUGCGCUGGGUGCACGGGCUGGUCCCCCGCGCUCAGUACACGUCGGGGCGAGGCUCCUCCGCCGUCGGUCUCACCGCAUACGUCACCAAGGAUCCUGAUACACGACAGCUGGUGUUGCAGACUGGUGCGCUAGUGCUGGCAGACAAUGGUAUUUGCUGCAUCGAUGAGUUCGACAAGAUGAAUGACUCUACACGCAGUGUGUUGCACGAAGUAAUGGAACAACAAACGCUUUCAAUCGCGAAGGCAGGUAUCAUCUGUCAGUUGAACGCUCGCACGUCGAUCCUGGCCGCCGCCAACCCUGCAGAGUCGCAGUGGAACAAAAACAAAACUAUUGUUGAGAAUGUACAACUGCCUCAUACACUUAUGUCCAGAUUUGACCUUAUAUUCCUGGUACUGGACCCACAAGAUGAGGUAUUCGACCGACGUCUCGCCUCACAUCUUGUCUCGCUCUACUACAAAGACUUUACCAACUCGCAGGAAGGGGACGAUAAUAUUGAGAUGUCGUUGAUGCGUGAUUACAUAGCGUUCGCGAAGGAACACGUACAGCCCACGCUCAGCGAGACUGCUCAACAGAGGCUCAUUGACGCCUACGUUGAUAUGAGACGUGUGGGCAGUGGUCGUGGCCAGAUCUCUGCUUACCCGCGGCAGUUGGAGUCUCUCAUCCGACUCGCUGAGGCACACGCGAGGCUGCGACUGUCUCCUGUCGUUGAGAUACUGGAUGUUGAUGAAGCUACCAGAUUGCAUCGUGAAGCCCUGAAACAGUCGGCGACGGACCCGGCGUCAGGUCGUAUCGACGUGGGUAUCCUGACGACAGGGCUGGGCGCGGCGGCGCGCAGACGUCGCGCGGAGUUAGUGACGGCACUCAAACAACUCAUUCAGCCGUACUCCAAGCCACACACUAUCACACACUCCAAGUUACUACAGGAAAUCAACGCUAAUUCACAAGUUACUGUAUCUCGAGAGCAGUUGGACGAAGCGCUGCGUGACCUACAAGAUGAAGGAAAGGUGACGAUAGUAUCCCACACCCACCUGCGACUGUGUUGA